CUUUCUCCAGGUGUCAACCAUAACACACACACGGAAACGCACUCAAAACCCUCAUGUGUGCACUCUAAAAACACACACACACACACACACACACACACACACACACACACACACACACACACACACACACCAUGGCCUCAGUGCCUCGUUUACCCACUGUGUGUUUCUGUUUGGGCAUGGUGACUCUAAUGGUUCAUCUUAUGCUCACCACAACUCCACUCACUCCCACGCCGCGCCCAUUGCCCCAAAUACCAGCCGGACAACAACAACAACAACAAGAGAACCACCACCACCACUACUACUACUUCUCUCAACUUAAACAAUAGCACCACCACCACCACCACCAGCAACAGUAUAAGCACCACCGUUACCACAAACAACAACAACAGCAGGAACAACAGGAACAAUGGCAACCAAGGAAAAACACCCUCAGGAGGAAAGGAAACUCGGAAUUUUUAUGAGACUGGCGAUGUCGGUGACGGGAGCGAUGGAGGAGGAAAAGGAGGAGGAGGAGGAGGAGGAGGAGGAGGAGGAGGAGGAGGAGGAGGAAGACAGAGUAAUAGCGGGGUGCAUCAAAAAACUGCUUUCUCGUCCAGCGUGAAGCAACAAGAGUGUCAAAUGAGAGUGAAUCUGUCCCCUUGUCCCUGUCAGCGUAAUGUGACAGCCACCCUGCCCAGCUGUCCUAGUGCAGGGGUGGCAGGGGUGGCUAGUGUCAAGGACGCUUUGGGGGAGUCCACGUGCAGCGACUGGGCCACAGCGAGGGGCGGCAACCAGCGGGUGAUUAGCUACAGCCUAUUCGGAGCCUUCCCCAGUGCCUACCAUCGGGGCAUAGAGGAACUCGCAGGGGAGGUCCACAAAGCGUACCCUGGGUGGACAAUGAGGGUGUACCACGCUCUUAAUCUGUCCAGAGAGGCGGAGAGGGCGUGGCUGUGUGUCUUGGCUUGUCAACACCCACACCUCGAUUUUUGUCACGUUGCUAAUCUGUCAGGUGGCGUGGGUGACAUCAGGGACACAGUGGGGUCAGUGUGGCGGGCGGCAGUGCUUGGUGACGCCCUGGUGACACGCUACAUGAUACGUGAUGCAGACGCGCCAAUCCUCGCUAGGGAAGUGCACGCCGUGAGGGAAUGGCUCUCGUCUGGCAAGUGCUUCCAUGUGAUGCGAGACAGCCCCCACCACGACCAAGCAGUGAUGGCGGGGCUGUGGGGCGGCUGUGGUGACUGGCAAGCCUCAGCACUGCCCAGACUGAGAGACCAGCUGUUUAAAUGGUCUCCCAAACGUGCACCGCCCUCCGUGGAUCAGCUCUAUAUCAAUAUGCUCCUAUGGCCGCUAAUACGAAGGAACCUCACAGCUCAUGACUCCUACCACUGCGCCUCCUUCACCGCCACCCGCGCCUUCCCCACCAGGAGGAAAGGGCGUGACUUCGUGGGGAUGCGCUCUUUCCGCCCCGCCCACGCCCUAGAUGCCCUGUCCACGCCCUGCCCCGCCCCCUGCAGACCCCCACAGCAUAAGAACUGGGAGUACUGUUGACGAAGGCGGUGACGGAGACAGAGACAGACAUAGAUAGAUAGAUAGACAGACAGACAGACAGACAGACAGAAAGAAGGUUACAACACAAACGUUAUUUAUUGAAAUGUUUCGAAUCUUAAUAAAAA